AUGCCUCGCGUGGAAUGCGUGCUUUGCAAGAGGCUCCUCUCAGGGUACGAGUUUCGCUCCUACGCGGUGGAGUUCGCGUAUUGUGAUCGAUGCCACAGGGGCCGGAUCCACAGGCUGGAGUCGCUGGUGGGGAGCUUGCAAGCCGCGCAGCAGCGCCUCCGGGACGAGGAGCGCCGCCUGCAAGCCGUGGCGCGCCAGGCCGAAUUCCUUCGCGCCUGGGACCAGGACACCCUCGAUUUGCCGCUGUCGGAUGUGACGCUCAAGGCGUGUGAUGGGCCGGAUGUGUGCGCGCACAAGGCGAUCCUGGUAAGCGAUCUUUCUCUCAAAGCGCCCCUGUGGUUUUUGUUUGUCUGCCUGUUUCUAGCGCAGGCGGGGAAGUCACCUGUGUUUAAGGCCAUGUUUAGUGCUCAAAUGAAGGAAGCCCAAAGCGGUGUCGUCCGAAUCGACGACUUCUCGCACGAUGUGUUGGAAGCGUUUGUGCGCUUCUUCUACACCGCCACAGUGUGUCCCGAAGUGCUCAAGAAACAUGCCGCGUCUCUCUUCUGUGCUGCAGAGAAAUACGGCGUCAAGCUCCUCAAGGCCGUGUGCGAGGAGUUUCUAGUCAGCAACGUCUCCCGGGACAACGCCAUCAAUCUCUUGGACCUGGCUCGAAAGUAUGACUCGGAGACUGUCAAGGACGCGGUGCUCCGGACGGCCUCCAUGGACAUGCAAGUGUUGCCGACGUUCGGGGACUACAGCAUGUACGUGGAGAAGGAUCCCAAGCUCCUCGUCGAGCUCUACGAGGGGCUUGUCAAGCGGAUGUCACGCAAGAGAAGCAGGAUUGUCGCAGGUAAUGAUGGCCAAGGGGACUCGUCCAGAGCUAAGAUUGCUGCCAUCCAGAGAAACGAGGAAGAAGUAGCGCCUGGGUCAUGACAAGAGGGGAAACAACGCAAAGUUCUCGUCGCCUGGCUCGCGCUCGUGAUCACGACAAGUAAGCUCCUUGUUAUUACGCUUGAGAAGAUCGAAGUUUUCCUCGUUCCAGAUCAAUCAUUGAGCUACUCCUGAAUAAUUCUCGAUAAAAAAAAAACGCCUGAGCGAGCGAGCCCGAGAAUGCGAUUGAUAGGCAAGGCAAAACAAAGAAAAAAUCUCGCAAAGUGAAAUGUGGGAACCAUGGCUUGGAUUUUUUCCUAGAGCACCCGGUCUAUAUUUUCCCACUUCUCUCUUGGUCUACUUCCUGCAGCUUUGGAAGCCAUAAACCUGCCGUGCUUUCGAUCAAUCAGCGGACUCCACGUGGCAGUGAUAUCUCUUCCUCCUUGCGUGGUGAUCGUUUGCCCUGGAGCUAGGGCUCUUGGGAGAGAGAUCCUCGCAUCGAUCGAUAGCUCGCGCGCUCAUGGCGUCCAUCGCGAUUACAACGAUGGCGCUCCAGCAGCCCCAAUUCUUGCAGCAGCAGCAGCAGAUCUCCGCGAUUCCCAGGAGGAGCUUCUGCGCGGCGGCGCGAGGGGGAAUGGGGGGGAUUCGAUUGGCGUCGCGGAGGAGGAGGAUGGCGACGACGAUCGCGUGCGCGAGCCCGCUGGAGGGUAAGGUGGAGGAGAGCAUCAAGCAGGCGGAGGAGGUGUGCGCGGAGAAUCCAGCGUCGGCCGAGUGCGUGGUGGCGUGGGACGAGGUGGAGGAGGUGAGCGCCGCCGCGUCUCACCAGAGGGACAAGGACAAGGGCAAGGAUCCGCUGGAGGCGUUUUGCAAGGACAAUCCAGAGACGGAUGAGUGCCGGGUCUAUGACAAUUGAUCAAGGAGGAAGAUCGCUCGCUACUCUGGGAAUCUAAUCGCUCGCUCGCUCUCUUUCCAGAUAAGUAGAGAAUUCUAUAUGAUCUUCUUCCUCCUCUCCUUCUUUCCUUCUUGGCUUGGGAAGAUCUCUUUCGGUGAAGAAUGUGUACAUUGUUUCAUCUUCAAUGGAUGGAUUGCUUUAGUAA